AUGCGAGCCAUACAGCAGGACGGCGCGAGGCAAAACAACCAAGUAUCACUCUCCGGCCUCUUGAACGCGAUCGAGGGCGUCCCAUCAUCGGACGGAAGAAUCUUGGUCAUGACCACAAACUGCCGAGAUCAACUUGAUGUGGCCCUUAUCCGCCCGGGACGCGUGGAAAUGGAUGUGAAAUUUACACUGGCGUCAAAGGAGCAAAUAAUAUCGAUUUUCCAUCAUAUGUACGCCCACGAAGGCCGUACCAAUCUUGCAGACAUGGCUGCUGAGUUCGCCAAUCAAGUUCCCGAUUGCCAGUAUAGCCCGGCGGAUAUCCAGAACUAUCUAUGGAAACAUAGUGAUCCUAAUUGUGCUGUUAUGGAAGCUCAAAAGCAAUUCCCUACGAAGGAGUGA